AUGGCAGAUCGAAUGAAUCAGGUCGAGAAUCAAUACCCUGAAGGUAUUCAAAAUUGUGCAAACAAUGAUGAUGAGAAUUGCUACCCCGCAGAUAAAGAUUGCGACGCGGAAUCCUUCUUGCCAACUACCACAACCCAAGUCGCAAUGACAACAAGAUUUCCAAAAUUAUCCUACCAAGGUAUCACAAAAAGGAAAUUGGGUUCGAAUCAUUGGGACAAGAUACAUGAGGCUAUUCAAGGACGAAAACGCGACGCAUCAGAAUGUCCAACCGAUUAUCAAUUGUGCCCCAAAUCGAUGAAUGGAGGGUGCUGUCCAAAUAACAGAUCCUGCGGCACUAGUAGUUGUUAUCUCACCAGCGCAGCUCCUGCGUCAGCAUGUGGUGUAUCAGGAUAUACCGCUUGUGGGAUUGAUGCUGGAGGCGGUUGUUGUCCAGAUGGCUACUCAUGCGAAAUUGAUGGAUGUAGUGCCUCUCCCGGUGUCUCGUACAGCGAAACAUGUGGAGUUGGUUCAUAUCUCUGUCCGUCUUCAUUAAAUUAUGGAUGUUGUAUGAACGGCAUGGGCUGUGGGCUGAAUGAUUGUUACUCUACGGCGAUAUCGACUUUCACCUUAACUGAGACCAUGACCACGACGGAUAGCAAUUCAAAUAUACAGACUCUUACUUCCACAUUAGUUACAGCAUCCACUCCAGCGUCACCCUCAGUUGCGGCAAAUACAUCAAAAGCUUCCGCUGUUCCAAAACUUACACCCACCGCGACAGCAAUAGCGAAAGUUAAGGCAACUAGCGAGAGUACGAGUGCGCCAACAAGCAAUGGCCUUACAAAACCAGAAAUAGGUGGGAUUAUAGGUGGUGCAGCUUUCAUACUAUUAGUAAUUCUCAUCGCCGCUUUCUGCAUCCUUAGGCGUCUAAAGAAGGCCACGAAAGCAUACAAAGAAGCAAAAUCACGUACUGGAUCCAGUGUUCCUCGAUCACACAGACAUCGCCCCUCAUACCCAUCACCAUCUGAUAUGAGUUCGAUAUCAUUCGAUCCUCUGCAAAUGAGUGGUUCCCAAAGCUCACAGGGCGUCCGCAACAAUUCUCACCCAACUACAGAGCCAUUCUCAUUCGAUCGACAUGAUGGCCCCGAAGUCGUAACUCGACCCAUCUUUAACACAUACUCACCCUUUUCUCCCCAUGCCUACCCCAACAUCCUAGCGCGAACAGGUCGGGGAUACUACCCAGUAGCCACCUCUGAAUCCGCCUACUCUCAAACCUCCUCGGGCCGCCGAAACCCAUCGGUAGAAUCUACCCCUCCUCUUCAACAGCCACAAUCCUACUUUGACAUCCCUCCGCACCAACAAUCCGGAAUUCCCGACUUCCGAAAUCAGAAUUUACGUCAUGGUCACGAUGUAAGUCCCGUGCGUCGACCUAGUCAACAUGGAAGAAACUGGAGCAACGCCAGUGACGUCAGCGCAUCAUCAUCUAGUCCUCUCGUCGAGCUCGAAGCCGGAGACGACGGAGAACAAAAAGUCUCUCUUGUCAAAGCUUGGAAAGUUUUAGGCAUAGUAGGAAAUUGGAAGGGGAAAGUUUCCAUGAAGAGAAAACAUGAUAAUUUAUCUCUGAAAGAUUCUCCCACGAGUACUUUAGAUCGUGAUCUCAAAACUGUGUUGUCGAAUGUACCAGAAGAAGCGGGUAGUUUUAUGAAUGCGACGGAGGCGGAGGGAGAUAAUGAUGAGAUAAGGGUUCAGAGACCAAAAAGUAGCGAUACGGGGAGGGAAUCCCGUGCUUCGAGACCGAGGAGUGGACUUAGUAAUGCGGAGUUGAGAGAAGCGAGUAUUAAGAAUGUGGUGAAGGCAAAACCGAGCAAGGCGAAGGAAAUCAUGAUUCGUAAUUCUGGGGGUGCGGGUGCGAGUGCUAGUGUGCCUGGAAAUGGAAAUGAGAAGGCAGAAGAGGCGGGAUAUGGAGGGUAG